AACUCCCAAUCCAAGGAGCAUCCUUUCAGUCAUUCAUUCAAGGAUCAGAGGUGGGCAGAGGGUGUCCAGCAACAAAAGAGUGAGCGUUCAGUGUCUGUGGGUGAAGUUCAACAUACAAUGGCAAUUGCAGGAAAACCCUUGACAGACUGGGACAGUGAUGUCCUUGGCUGUUGUCAGGAUAUGAAAACUUGCUGCUAUGGAUUCUGGUGCUGCCCCUGUCUCGCCUGCACUGUUUCAGGAAACUUUGGAGAGAACAGCUGUCUCCCUUUAUGUGAUAUAUGUGGCCCUGGUAUAUUAGCAGCCUGUGGGAUACCGAUCUGUGUUCCUCCUGCAGUUUUGUCCUUAAGAGCUGGCAUGCGAAACCGAUACGGCAUCAAGGGCUCUCUCUGUAAGGAUAUUGUACUUUCCUGUUUCUGCGAGUGGUGCUCCUGGUGUCAGAUGCAUCGCGAGUUAAAGCAUCGCAAGAAAAACCCGACUGUCAUCACUAUGCAGAAUAACCCUGUUGUCAGCAUGCAGCCUAUUCCAACUGUCCAGCCAGCAAUGAUGAUGAUGCCUGCGCAACCAGUUGCAACUGGUUUCAUGUCUCAACCAACAGUGGUCAUCCAAACAAAGUGACACUCGUAGAAUUCUGAUGCUGCUCAGAGUGUGUUCUCAUGUAUUUACUUGUGAAAGCAUAGAGUCUAAUCAUGCUCAUGUUAAAUCCUUGCUAUUGAUUUUGUAAUUAUCAAGAAAAUUAUCUCUAUUAAAAGUUAGCAUAAAUGAUAGGAAUGAUGAUUCACCUAUUUGAAGUUUAGUAACAAAUAUGGAUUUACGUUGUAGUUAUAAUAAAGUAAUAAUAAUGUUUUACUGACUCAAUAAAAAAAUGAAAUCAC